AUGCUACGGAGCUGUCGUCGCGGUCAAGUUGCCUGGAGGGAGCUCGGCACGGACCAUCCUUGUCGAUCAUAUGCACGUGACUCGCAUCUUUCGUCUCCAAACAAUUGUUGUGGAAUUCUACAUGGGAUAGGCCGUCUGUUUCCCACCAACCCCCAUCAUUCGCACACCAUGAGCACACAAAAGCAGGUACAAUUGGCGAAAUCGCUGCCGCCGCGAUUACUGCGCUUUUUCCAACGAUUCCCGCCACCCGCGCUUCUCCAGCAAACGUCUGCGCCCAUCCCUUCUCCCACACCCGCGUCUGUAUCCACAACUGCUCCGUCCGAUCCCAAUGCUUCGGCCCUUGAGACGCCCGCGCAAAUAGAUGGAGCUACCGAGGUUUCUACAUCAUCCUCCGAAACGGAUCCCACCGGUCUACCCUAUCACAAUCCCUUCCUUCCUGUCAAGUCGCACUUGACAGGUCGCUGGCGCGGUCCAGUGUACGGUCUUCGUAAACAGGCAGAACUCGUCAAGCUUGCCUCUGCCAAUGGAGUUAUCGAUCUUCUUCCGUGGACCAUCAAGAAGCCUGGCGAGAAGGAAAAGAGGAGGAUAGAACGAGGAUUGCAGGUGAAGGGUACCGGACUGGGCCAAAAGGUCAAGGGAAAACUAUGGGAGAGGACAUUGAGCAGCCGUCUGGCAAUGCGGCAGAAGGCUAUGCUGGACAUGCCGGCAUUGAUACAAGAAUGGAAGCAGAAAGGUCACGGCAGAGGAUGGAAAAAAUGGCCGUCUGGAAAGGCCAAGAGAUGAACCAGGUGUCUGUGAAAAAGUGUAUGAUUAUUGU